UCACUGAGACGGCGAGAGGAACACGGAUGAGAAAACCGACAUUAGUCGCCGGAGAGAAGGAAGCAAUGUUUGGGCUGUCUUACGGCGAGAUUUUACUAAUCAUCGGCGCCACCGCUGCUGUUGUUGGUCCCAAGGAUCUUCCGAUUCUUGCUAGAGCAGGAGGAAGAUUAUUCGGAAGAGCCAUUGGUUACAUCAAUUUGGCUCGUGGUCACUUAGACGGUGUCAUGAAACAACCUCAGAUGCAAGAGAUAUCGAAAGAAGUUCAAGAUUUGCGAGCACAAGUAGACGCUAUUAGCCAUGGAGCUAGAUUUUCUCUAUUUGAUUCUAGUCCUUUGACUCGUAGAGUGGACAACCAAGCUCCACAAUCUAGUCCAAGCACCAAUGGGAAUGUUACAUCGGUUCAUGUUGAGGAAAAACAGAAGCCUGCAGAUCAUUAUACAAAGGCUCAAGAAUUUAGUGGCUCGUCGUCAGCUUCAGUUAACCUUCACGCUCAAGCAACAUCAUUUGCACGAUUAUCUGAGACGGUCAGUGGCAAGACGCACGAUCUAAGCAGUGAUUCACCUGUUCUUCCGGUAUCAGCUGAGAUGGCAAAGUUGCUUCCUCAACGCAAAGAUAGUGCAAGAGGAUCUGAUUUAAUGCUUGAGGCGGUUCUUGAAGCGGAAGUAGCACACAAGGCUAAAAGCUUUUUUGCAGAAGCAGAAAAAGAAACUCCGGCUUUAAAAGGUGUGGCUAAACAACCUCAUUCGUCUAGAACACGAACUUAAACUACAAUAUCUCACAAAUAAAACCGACCCCUGUUUGUAAUGUUGGGACUGUUUUGGAGGGAAAUUUUUCACUGAUGGGAAAGGGGAAAGUUGAACUCCGGUACUGGUAAGUAGCUUCAGUAGAGUGGCCCUUAUGUUAAAUGGGCCGAGAGCCUGCUCUCGGUUUCUGCUGCGGCAACAAGUGAUCAACUUGGUCAAUUUUGUAACUAAUCCUGCAGAUUUAUAGGUUUUAGGGAAAUUUUAAUUCUCUAAUUAAACCGCUAGUCUUUUAACUCUACUAAUUGAUCUCAAAUACAUUCGAUUUUUA